AUGACGCUGGCGGCGUGCUCCGUGCACGCGACCGUCGGGCUCGAGGCCCCGAUCGGCCUCACCUGGGGCGGCGCGCUGCACCUCUCGGCCGCGCGCGCGGCGGCCGCCGCGGCCGGCGGCCGCGGUGCUCCGCGCGCGCUGGCCCGCUGCCACGCCGCGGUGGACACGGCGCUCGUGGCGGCCCCGCCGGAGGCGAGGCUCCUCCGCGGGGCCGCGUUGCCGGCGCUCUGGGGGGACCGCUACGGGCCGGCCCUCGAGGCCCUCGGGACCUUCCUGGCCCGCGCGGCGGAGCGGGAGCGGCAGGAGUUCGGGCCGAGCCCGGCGCCGGCGGCGGACUUCUUCGCCGAGCCGGUCGGCCCGGGGGCCUGGCUGCGGCUGCUUGGCGGCGCGCCCGAGGCGGGCGCCGCGGCGUCGCUGCCGGAGGGCCUCGGGCUGCUGCGCCCGGGCGCGGCCGCGGCGGCCCUGGCCGAGGGGCUCAUCGUCCGCCUGGACACCCUGCGCAGCUCCAAGCAGAAGGUGCUGCCCAACGUGGAGCUGGUGGGCCACACCGCCCCGUACUGGGCCGUGCUGGCAUGCACCCUGGAGUUCCGCCACAUCUACAGCCCCGCCACCGUCGUCAUCGCUUGGGUCUUCGUUAUCGUCUGCUUCACCGCGCACUUGCUCAUGGCUCUGCGCUUCCUCGACCUCGCCUGGCCGGACGGCCACCACCUCACGGAGAUGGCGGACCGCCCCGGCAAGGAGUGGUGGCCGCGGCAGUGGAGCGUGCCGAGCGCCUUCUCGAAGGCGAUGUGGCUGCUCGCGCCCCCGAGGAAGCUGGAGCCAGGCCAAGACUGCCUCCUGCACGAGAUGGCCGACCUGUCCAACAUCGGCGGGGGCGUGAGGUGCCGGAAGCGCAAGGACGCGAACGUGCCCAAGAAGGCCCAGCUGUCCCGGAGCAGGGAGGUCACGAAAGAGGACCUGCUGAAUCUGGACAGCGCGAUUGCCUCGAAGAUGGGGAAGCUCAAGAAGCAGCUCGAGAAGGAUGGCGUUAUGGACGAAGAGCAGAGGAAGAAGUUCUUCGACGAGCAGAGGAAGUGGGAGCCCGUCCACCGCAAGCUGAAUCCGAACAACGGCUUGGAGGCCAUCAUCGGCAACGGCGACGGCUCUCUGGGCCCCAAGAUGCCCAAGAAGGAGAUCGACGUGACCCUGCACGACGUGUCGUCCCUGGUGCAGGAGCUCGCUGAGGCGGACGUGAGGUUUUCGGGGCGCAGAUCGAGGGACCCCGAGCUCGACGCCGCCGGCCAGUACAUCUCGGGCUCGCUGUUCCACGCGCAGGCGGGCGGCAGGCGGCCGCCAGACCUGCCGUGGCAGCUGACGCGCGUCGCCAUCUCCACCUCGGUGAUCGUCUGGCUCUACAUGAUCAUCGUCUCCGUGUGCGAGUCCAUCAUGGGUCCGGAGUCGCUCAUGAAGCCCCCUGGCGAGCCGCCCUGGAUCCGCGACACCAAGCGCCGGCACUACACGCAGGGCUGGGUGCACACCAGCAAGAGCGAGACCUACCCGACGGACUACAAGCUCUGGUCUGCGUCGACGGCGUCCUACGGGCACGAGUCCGAGGACGGCCACGGCCACCGCCGCCUCGGAGGCCUGAACGAGACCCAGGGGCUCGAGACGGCCUACUCGGCCCUCCUCGAGGUGCUCCCUCGGCUGGGCGAGCUCGUCGACGCGGCGGGCGGCCGGGCGAUCUCGGUCCCGAUGCCCCUCGAGGCGGAUGCCGCCACAGGCCACCGUGCGCACGGCGUGCGGGCGCCGGCGGCGCCCGUGAUGGGGGCGUCGUUCAUGGCUCCGGAGCCGCGCGUGCGUGACGUCCGCUGGAGGGGCUGGCCGGGGGAGCAGGAGCACGAGGUGCGGCGUGAGACGCGGCAGCAAACGAGGCGAAGGCGCCAGCCGAGGAUGAGCUGGCUGGAGGAGGUGCAGGGCAGGACUGCGACGCCGCUGCGCCAAGAGACGAGAUGGCUCAUGCCCAGGGCGCUCAGCUCUUUCGGGCGAGGCCAGGGGGCAGCGGAUUCGCUGGAGCUCGAGGUCAGGGGGAUGAAGCGCACGGGGGCCACAGUCGUCAUCGAGGAAAAGGGGCCAGACGGCGACUUAGAAGGCGCGAGGCAAGCGACGGGCAGCACGGAGGCAAGGCCCUUCUCUGUGGGAAAGGCCGCGGAUGUCCGCGGCGGCACCCUGACGGGGCGGGCGGCCGGCGCAGCAAGGCGGCGCGCCUCGCCCGGGCGGGCCUCGCAGGAGGCGGCUUUCCGCUUGUGGCCGCGGGCGGCGCUCCUCAGCGGCGCCCGCGGCCAUUGGAGCAUCCUGGAGCACCUGGAGGUGAAGCCCGUGGAGAAGACAAUCUCGGAGCAGAACAAGCGGCUGGACGAUGACGAAUCUCGUCUUCGGCGUGCUGUAGGCAUGGCGAGGACGGGGCAGCCCCUCGCGCCGAUGUCGGUGGCAUUCAACCCCGACACCCUGGACCUCGAGGCCGACGUGCUGGGCCAGAUCGCGGAGGAGAUCCUGGACUCGGAGCUGCCGCAUCUCUGCGAGGUCCGCCCGCACGAGGACCCCCUCGUCGAGGCCUGGCUCCAGCGCUGGGUGGACGGCGAGGACGCGGGGGCCGAUCGGCUCCAGCUGCAGUCCAGCUGCCUGGUGCCGCUGCUGACGCUGGCGAUGGAGCGCCCCGAGGUCUGCCCCAACUUCUGCGGGCAGCUGUCCGAGUUCGAGCACGCGCUCGAGGGCUGGCUGCGCGCCUGGCCGCCCGCGGAGCCGCCGCGGCGCGCGGGCCCGGGCGCGGGCGGACCGAGCGCCGAGGCCCUGGAGCUGGAGCUCCACGGCGUGCUCGCGCUGCUGCGCGGCGAGGUGUACUCGCUGGCGCUCCUGGAGGAGGGCCGCCCGCCUGAGAUGCGGCAGCCCCCGGUGGCCCUGGGGGGCGAGCCCGCCGACAGCUUCCGCGGCGUCGCCAUGGGCUGGGUGCUCAAGCUGGACCUGCUCUAUGGCAAGCCCGUGCUGCAGCAGCCCGAGCGGAUGGCCGCGGCGGUGGGGCCCCGCGCGCAGCACGGCCUGUCCCUGCUGCGGUGGGACGUGGAUCAGAUGGAGCAGCUCCUGUCGUGCGCGUUCUUCCGGCCGGACGAGGACCACUUGUGGGAGCUGGCGCAGCAGUGGCUGCAGGAGAACGGCGGCGGGGAGGAGGCCGAGGCCCGCCUCUCGCGCGCGCUGGCGCCGCACCUGCUCGACGGGGCGGCGGCCGCGGGCGCCGAGGAGGCCGAGGAGGAGCCCCUCUUCGAGGCGACCCUGGUCCGUGCGCCCAGCUUCGGCGCCGUGGCCCGCCACGGCAGCUGCACGACGGCCGCCUUCGGCGACCACUCCGCGCUCCACCGGGAGCAGCUGGAGGGCGUGCCGUGGCUGCGCUGGCGGAAUGCCGCGAGAGAGGACCAGAUCCUGGGCGCCUCGCGGCAGCUGUUGGCCUCCGAUGUCCUGAUGUCGCCCGCGAGCGGGGGCAUCUUCCGGCUGGAGCUCCGGAUGCUCAGCGGCUCGGACGCGGAGGCGGCCCACCUGUUCGAGGUCGGCGUCGCGGUAGAGCGCAAGGCAGGCCAAGCAGGAGUCGUUUUUGGGCCUGGCGGCGCUCGGGCGCCGCCCCGAGGCGCCCUGGACAGCCCGGCGGGGGACGAGGCGCCAGUCUUCUUCAACCUCUUCGAUGCCAGGGAUAUCCUGCUUGAGGGUGUGCGGCUUGUCAUCGAGGUAGACGUCGGUGCUGGCUGUGCCCGCGUGCGCAACGUGCCCAGUGUCCUCGAGGACGACGACCGCCACGCGUCGCUGGUGGCGUGGCUGCAGGCGCGCUCCAGGGUGGCGGCCAAGGACGUCCGGCCGGCCGGCGAGGUCGACUGCCACAUGUUCAGGGAGCAUGCGCGCCACCUGCAGGAGCUCGCGAACCAGGGGAAGCUGGACCGCGGCCUGGCAUCCAUGGUGCACGGGGACGCCGGCGUCCAGGCGGUCCACGCCACGAACAGCGACUUCCUCGCGUCCGAGAGCUACUGCUUCUACGUCGUGGUGCCGGCUGGAGUGGAGGUUGAGAUCUUCUAG